ACAUUAAAAUCUUAUCUAAGAGCGGCAGCUCAUCAAUCCCUUAUUCACUUUGUCUGUUGUCUCUGGCUAGUUAGCUAGUUACUAAUAAUUUUCAGAGCUGAGAGAGGCGGGAGAGAAGAGAAAUGGAAGAGCCACUGCUCGCGACAGCAAAUAAUGGUCUUAAAAGCCGAGUACCAAGAAGAUGGGAGGUGAUAGCAAAAGAGGCGAAGAAGGUGAGUUACAUAGCAUUGCCUAUGGUGGUCACUACUGUUUCCCAGUACAUGGUGAGGGUCAUUUCCAUGAUGAUGAUUGGCCACCUUGGUGAGCUCUCUCUUUCGGGUGCUGCCAUUGCCACUUCUCUCACAAAUGUCACAGGCUUUAGUCUUCUGUUUGGGAUGGCGAGUGCACUAGAAACUCUGUGCGGUCAAGCUUAUGGAGCAGGACAAUACCAUAUGCUAGGAACCUAUACUUAUGGAGCCAUUAUUUCUCUCCUUCUAGUCUGCAUACCAAUAUCUAUUCUAUGGAUCUUCACAGAAGAACUUCUUAUAAUGAUCGGUCAAGACCCUUUAAUCUCACACGAAGCUGGCAUUUACACAAUUUGGCUUAUUCCCACACUAUUUCCAUACGCAAUUCUUCAACUGUUGGUUCGCUUCUUGCUGGCACAGAGUUUGUUAUAUCCAAUGCUGUUAAGUUCUGUUGCAGCUCUAGUUUUUCACAUACCUCUAUCUUGGGUGUUAAUAUUCAAGCUGAAAUUUGGAAGUGGAGGGGCCGCAUUAGGCAUUGGUUUGUCAUACUGCCUUAAUGUAAUCUUGCUAGGAGUUUAUGUUAAGUACUCUUCAUCAUGUGCAAAGACCAGGAUAACCUUCUCAAGGGAUGUCUUUCCAAGCAUCAGGGAAUUUUUCCGAUUUGGCAUUCCUUCUGUCGUCAUGAUAUGUCUUGAGUGGUGGUCAUAUGAGAUUGCAAUUUUGUUAUCUGGGCUUUUGCCAAAUCCUCAACUAGAGACUUCAGUUCUGUCAAUAUGUCUUACAGUCUCUUCAAUGCACUACAACAUACCAUAUUCUUUCGGUACUGGUGCAAGCACUCGAGUCUCGAAUGAAUUAGGUGCUGGGAAUGCACAGGCAGCUAAACUGGCUGCUUGGGUUGCCACAUUCCUUGCAGUUCUGGAGGGGGCCGUUGCAAGCACAAUUCUCUUUAGCUGCAGGUCUGUACUGGGAUUUGCUUUCGGGAAUGUGAAAGAAGUGGUGGAUUAUGUCAAAGAAUUAACUCCUCUGCUAAGCCUUUCAAUUAUGGUGGACUGCUUUGCAGCAAUGUUUUGUGCGGUUGCUAGGGGAACCGGGUGGCAGCACCUGGGAGCAUAUGUGAACCUCGGGGCAUACUAUCUUUGUGGAAACCCGAUGGCCUACGUGUUGGCAUUCGUUCUACAUUGGAGAGGGAAGGGCCUUUGGAUAGGCUUAACUACUGCUUCUUUGCUGCAAGGUUUGAUGCUUAUGAUCAUAACGUUCUUCACAGAUUGGAAGAAGCAGACUAGAGAGGCAAGGGAGAGGAUAUUUGAGGGAAAACCUCAGCUAACUGUAGAAUGAUCAGAGCCUUUCUAAUAACUUUCUGAAAAGAGAAAUUAUGGAUCUCAUAUUGUAAGGAUUAUGAUUCAUCCAUUUAUGUUUGUAUCAAAUCAUAUUGUAGCACCACAACUGAGGACUCAAGUAUGGCGUUAGGAGCCUGACAGAGGUGAGCACUCAAUCACUUUGGUCCAAAACCCGACCAGAAUCAAAUAUAUCGAAAGUCGAAAUUUCAUUUU